AGUCUAUACCAAUACUGCCUGUAGCGCUUGUCAAAAGCCGGUCUUUGCCCAGUAUCGAUAUGCCGCAGCACGUUCUCGUGCGCUUCUACACUGUAAAAUAAAGUGCAUUUAUUAUCCGGCGUACCAUAUUUAGCCUGUGAUUACCAGUGGCGGUUAUCGGCCAGUUAUUGAUCAAGCACCUCUCAUUGAAAGGACACCGAUCGGGAUUGUAUGCACCUACAGAUGUUUCGUCUAUUAUAAUGCAAGAUGCAUGCUGAUGCUCGGAAGGGGCUGCUCGACUGCGUAUCGCUCGUCCUUUUAACCUCUUCCACCUACUGAAAAUAACCGCGAACAGCCGAAAACCGUUGAUAUUUUGGGGUGAAGAAUGACCGAAUAUAAGCUUGUGGUCGUGGGGGCUGGAGGCGUGGGCAAGAGCGCUCUCACCAUCCAACUCAUCCAGAACCACUUUGUGGACGAAUACGACCCGACCAUAGAGGACUCCUACAGGAAGCAGGUGGUGAUCGACGGAGAGACGUGUCUCCUGGACAUCUUGGACACUGCAGGUCAGGAGGAGUACAGCGCCAUGAGGGACCAGUACAUGAGGACAGGAGAGGGCUUCCUCUGUGUCUUUGCCAUCAAUAACACCAAGUCCUUUGAGGACAUUCACCACUACAGAGAGCAGAUAAAGCGAGUAAAGGACUCGGAGGACGUCCCCAUGGUCCUGGUGGGGAACAAGUGCGAUCUUCCAUCCCGCAGCGUGGACACAAAGCAGGCUCAGGAUUUAGCGCGUAGCUACGGCAUCCCCUUCAUAGAGACCUCAGCAAAGACGAGACAGGGCGUGGACGACGCGUUUUAUACUCUAGUCCGAGAAAUCCGGAAACACAAGGAGAAGAUGAGCAAGGAGGGCAAGAAGAAAAAGAAGAAAUCCAAAACAAAAUGCGUAUUAAUGUGAUCAAGCCUUUCCUGUCAUUAUAGACUCCAAAAAAAAAAAAAAAAAAAAGAGUUCCACAACUGCAUUUUGUACAUUACACUAAAUUAUUAGCCUCCUCAAAAUACAGAAUGGAUUCUUAUUCUACUUGCUUUCUUAAAAGAAAUAAGCUUUACUCGUUCGGUGCCAGUUGCCCCAAAGUGUUGGUCACCUUUAUGGCUUAUUUUAUCGGGUGGGCUGUCAGAACUGGUGUUAUUUUGCAGUUGGUUUAGAGUAGUUCAGCAGAUUUAUAAAGAAAGGUGUGGACGUGAAAAUAAGGCUUUGGUGUGCCGUAUGAGAGAGAACUAGCCGUGUAGCUGUUUAGCCGUGAAAUUUGCAUGUGAGUCACUUGAUUUUUACAGGAACUGAAACAUUGAGGAAUUACUUUAUUUUUUUUUUUAUUAUUAUUAUUAUUUUUUUUAGGACCAACACUUUCAAGGGGUGUUUUGAUACAUUAUCACUGUGUAUGACCCUGCCUUUGGAUGUCCCAGACUUCCAAAAAAAAACAACCUGCAUGUGAACUUCCAUUGUAGUCGGAUUAACGCGCCCUUUCUCGAAAGCCAUGUUAAUGUAUAUAUGGUGAAAUCCUAACCACGUUAACCUUAUUUCCCCGUUUGCAUGCUGUGUUCUGUUCUUUAAACUUCCAGGAAACGGUAAUGCGUUGAAUACUGUAUAAUAGCCACUGUUGCGUAGAAAGGAUUUUCUCAGUUGGUCCAAACAGGCGCUAUUGUUUCAACAAGGCCAUUGUGAUAUUUUCAGUUCAAUUCGUGAAGGUUUAUAUAGAAGUCAAAAUCUGCUGAGAGCAAACCUCAAAUUUGAUUUAAUUAAUGGGACUGGCACGAUGCUGAGCUUAGUUUAGAACAUAGGUGGCGCUGCAUGCUUUAGAAACACAGUACUCUGCUUGUUUCCAGAUCUUUACACGCAUGAACCUAAAAUAAUCAUCCAUAAAGUUAAAGCGAACCGAGAUGUUCACAGUGAUGUUCACGUUAAUCUAGCUUCGUAAACGCAUUCUGAUCUUCAAAAACUAGAUUGAAGCGCCAUCUGCUGUUAAAAUCUAAGCUCAGAAUCGAUUCUGCAUCAAUGUAUCGUCACAGCCCUAUUAAUAAAACCACAAAAUGAAAUGAGAAACAACUGAGAAAAUGGUGAUCUGCAUUUUAUAAGUCACCUGUCAGUUUCAGGGAUUGAAUAAUAAAUUUAUAUUCAUGCGGUAAUGUAUCAGGCAUGUUACAUUUUUGACAGCGUUUUUAAGGCACUGGGGCUGCUUUUUUUUUUUUUUUUUUGUGGUCGGUUAAGUCAAAACGGUUGUUUAUGCAUUUGUUUUUUAGGAAAUAUGUGCACUCCCCGAAUCUCGGUUGGCUUCUCGUAAAUGCAACCGAACAUUGUGCACAUUAUUAGAAUUUUUUUUUGACAGACAAAAGUUACAUUCAGCUGUCGCGAAUUCAUCGAAAUUUAUUGCGCAUUUCGUCUCUUAAACCCACGAAAAUGCAAGAUCCUGUUGUAAGUGUUAAUGAAAAAUCAGCAGAUUUUGACCAAAAAUAUAAAGCUGCAGUUGACCAAUCAGAAUCAAGUAUUCCAGGGAGCGUGUAAAAAUUCGAUUCUCUUUUCUGUAAGGGUCUACACUAGCGAACGCCUCACUUCGGCGCUCAGAGGAGGACUUUUAUGACGUAUGAAUAUUUACCCUCUUGUGCCCAGCCAAACAGCGCCUUAGAAGUCCGAGUAACUGCGUCGAAUUGUUUUUGCUAAAUUUUGAUUAGUGAAUAUAACCUACUGUACCACUAGUUGUUGUGAUGCAAAUAUACGUAACAAAAAUGGAAGGAAACAAAUGCCUUGUUUGUUUAUGCUGCCAUCGAGACAUUCUGGUCCUAGGAGCCCGAUUCUAGUGGAAUCGAAGCCGAACGCCUAAAUCCCCAGGAGUCGGUCGUGAUCCGGUAUACUACGGUAAAAUGUGGCUAGCUUAGUUCUGGAGGGCAAAUUUUCAGCCAUCACUCAAACCAAAGAGAGUGAUAUAAAGAUUUAUUUUGUGUGGCAAUACUUGCGAUGUCAUAAGAUGAUGUCAUUUAUAGGAGAUUUACAAUAUACGAGCAGAAUGUUGCUUUAAAACCUUCGGUGAGCUGUUUUACCACGCGUCCUUAACCAUUACUAGUCUGUUUUUCUAAUAAUUGUUUCUAUAUCACGGUUUGACUAAUACAGAGAGAUCUAAACGGGAAAUAAAUCAGGAUGUCCGCUCUUAUGCAAAGUGUUUCGGGUGAUUUCUGUUCCCUUUAAAAUCAUUUACUAGCCGUCUGUAACGCGAGUAGCGAAGUCUUUGGAUAUUUUUGGAAUCGUUUCUGAAAUGUUCUCCGUCUGUUUGUGUGCCAAUUGCAAAUGUUGAUAAAAUGGUUCACGUAUACAUGGACCUCGUUUUAACAGCCUUUGUACGGUUGUGAUAAGAAAGAUGACUAUUUUGUAAAUUGUGCUUUUUUUUUUUUUUUUUUUUUGGUUUAAUGAAUUGAAUGACCCUUAAUUGUAAUUAAGGGUCAUGUGUUAAGUUCUAUGAGAAAGUGCCGGUCUGAGGUUGUCUUUCGCAUCCGUCAUGUUUUGGUGAACGUGAUUAUUAGGAUGAGGAAAGCCGUUCUCAGAUCGGCACGGUUUUAUAAAUGCAACCCAAUCCUGUUUUUUCCCCAUUAAUCUCAUCAGUCUUAUUUAAUGUGUAAUUAAAAGAAAUACUUAAAACCCACA